UACUCGGUCACCCCGCCGAUACGGGUGGGUUCCGCGCGCGAGGAGUCGAUCUAUCUCUACCACCCGCGCGUACCUCUUACUCUCGUUCGCUCGUCUCGCCAAUCGUAAUCAAUCUCACGCGAACUUUUCCCUGCCAACGGAGAGGGGACUCGCCCCUCUGGAUACGCGACACGUUGUGCCCCCUGUAUCCCCGUCGCCAGGAUACGGGUAUCGAGGGAUCCCCGAUCUGUGCGAAUCCGUGUGUGCGGGAACGUGGUGCCGCAACCGGUCAGCGCGCGUGCACCAGGCGACGAUCGAUCGACUCGGGAUACAAUACGAUCCAGAGAGGCGAUGGACGGAACCAUCCCCCUGCGGGACGAUAGAUAAGGAGCUCAGAGGAAGAACGGCUGCAUUAUUUAUCGAAAGCGUUUCACCGGGAUCGUCGUCGGAAUAUUCUCGAUCACCAUCAAUCAUCCGAGAAAGAUCCCUGUGGAAAAGUAACUGAAGCGCGAGGCAUCGCAUUGGAGAACACCGAGGCUCGUCGUAAGACGAGAACCGCGUGAUCGAGUCGAAGGUCUCGAAGUGCCUCUCAUCCGUGAGAUAGCACGCUCGCCCGAGAUGGUCAUGUGACUGUCGGCCGUCGACGUCCUACAUUCGGCCCAUCUCUCCCGAGGGAUGUCCUCCGCGGGUACCGCCUGCACGGACGCCGAGGAGGACGCCGAGGAUGUGGAGAACGACGUCACGGGUACAUCGGCGCAAUCGUCACGUUACCUGUUGUCGUCGUCGUCGUCGUUGUCGCGAAUUCGUCACCGUCGCCGCGCGAGCGAUCACUUGGAAGGAUUGCGGUUAGAUGGGUCAUCGGUCGUGCAUCGUCCGCCAUCGUCCGACGACACUUCCGGGAGCAUUGUCGAGGACACGCGCCCAUCGACGCCCCGGGCGCGCGGAUAAGACGAGGGGUCCGUCUCGCUCAUCGCGAUCGCCAACAACGUAUAUAAUUGUCCUCGAGGGACGACGGCCAGGUGGAUCGAUCCGAUCGAUCGUCCUUCUCCACGACGACUCGAUUAUUGGGAAUUUCCGGCCGAUAUUCACUCCGAACGGAUUCGGCGAAUUGCUCGUUCGUCCCCGCGAACGACUGACGGCUGGGCCGAUUGAUAGAUCGACAUCGACGGCCGUCGUCUUCGACGUCGAGUUGAGAAAGUCGAUAAACGAGUUCGUCGAAUCGAGCGUGCACUAUUGGCAGGCACGCGUGGUUGGAAUUCCAGACAAGCAUCGGGCGUGCAAAUCGAUAAGUGAAUUCGAAGCGUGCUCGAGGGCCCUCGAAGAGCCAGGUGGACCAUCGAUCAGCAGCACGGUGGUCGCUGAGCGGUCCUCUGGGUCGAUAGACACGUUAAUCCCGUCGAGCAUCGUCGGCCUCCCCGUUCGAUCGUAUUCAAUCCGAUUCGUAAAAUCGAUCUGGAGAAAUAAUAGGAUAAACAGACCGACAGGAAUCGUCGAUCUCGAAAAACGAUUUCCGAUAAUCGCUCGAUUGGUUCUACCCUUUCAUCGACUAUCAAACCAGCAAACGAUUACACGUGUCGGACACGUGUCAAUUUUCCCGAGUGGAUCGAUAAAUCAGUUUUUUCAGCCGGCCAUCCCUAAGACGCUCGAACUCUACGAAACGAUCCACUUCUUCUCCUCAUCGUGGUCGAGGGGAUCGUUGAUUCUCGUAACUGCCUCGUUUCGAGCUGCCGCGAUGACGUUCAGAAGGAGGACGUCAUUCAGGUGACGAAAAAAGUCGUCGAUCUUAUCCUCGUCAUCGUUCAUCGAAGAAUUGUCGACUUUUCGGAAGACGGUGAUAAACGGCACGAGGAUCUACGACAAGAGAAAUCUUCCAAGGAAUUCGAGGCCUCCUUCGUUUUUCGUUACUUUAUCCGCCGAAAGCUUCGGCUGAUUUAGAAAUCGCGCCGAAUCGAAACGUCAAAGAAGAAGAAAACGAAUUUGGAAUUUGUCCCAAGUGCCAUAAGCCACGGAGAGUGCUUCGAUUGAUUUGCCGGAAGUGAUGAUGGGAAACUGAGUGCUUUUUCCUGUCGCUCGAGAGUGUCGCGAAUUUGUGAAAUUUUUCUGAAAACUGAGCGCUCGCUCUCCGAAAAGGACUGCUUGUUGUUACACGCUUAUGCAAAAUCGCAUCAAAACUCGUGUUUCGUGCUUAUCUCGGACUAGUGCCGGUGAUGGACCGUUUUCGUGCGUGCACGCGCGCGGGUGCCGAUCUAAAUGAAUCACGAUGAUGGAUCGCCGCGUUCGAGUGACAUCGCCAACGAAUUUGAGUGCGUGAGGUGUACCGUUGCUUUUGUUACAAAUUACCGAGAGAGAUACUCAUCUGAGGUAAGAUUACCGGGCUAAAAGCAGCAAGAAGAGACAGAGAAAAAAAGAUACGAAGGAUUUUCAUCAUGUGUCACGGGCGGCUUGAGAUCAUACUAGCCGGUAGAGGCUGGCCGAGAUCCUGAUAGCCACCGCAGCGACCAGGAUCUGGGACCAUUCAACGAAGAAAGGAUGCCAGGGGGCCGCAGGGGCCUGGUAGCCCCCCAAAACACGUUUCUGGAGAACAUCAUACGACGCAGUAGCAGUCAACCCGACAGCAGUUUCCUACUGGCAAACGCCCAGAUCGUCGACUUCCCGAUCGUCUAUUGCAACGAGAGCUUCGUCAAGAUCUCCGGCUACAACCGCGCCGAGGUUAUGCAAAAGUCAUGCCGCUGUGGAUUCAUGUACGGGGAGCUGACGGACAAAGAAACGAUCGCCAGGAUCGAGGAGUGCCUCGAGGGCCAGAUUCACGAUCAAUUCGAGAUUCUACUGUACAAGAAGACCAAGACACCAUUAUGGCUGCUGCUGCAAAUAGCGCCCAUAAAAAACGAACGAGACCUCGUGGUCUUGUUCUUCAUAAAGAAAGAAUUUGUUCUUGAAGUAUAUUUUAAAAUAUCACGUUUCUUCUUUCAGAUGAUGUCUUUAAGCGGCGAUGUUAUGCCGCAAUACAGACAGGAAGCACCAAAAACGCCACCGCAUAUCCUACUGCAUUACUGUGCAUUUAAAGCGAUCUGGGACUGGAUAAUUUUGUGUUUGACCUUUUACACAGCCAUCAUGGUGCCGUAUAACGUUGCCUUUAAAAACAAGACCAGCGAGGACGUCUCCCUGCUGGUUGUCGACAGUAUCGUCGACGUGAUAUUCUUCAUCGACAUAGUGCUAAAUUUUCACACAACAUUCGUCGGUGCUGGUGGCGAAGUGGUGUCUGAUCCGAAGGUAAUCAGAAUGAACUAUCUGAAAUCUUGGUUCAUCAUAGAUCUGCUAAGCUGUCUACCGUAUGAUGUGUUUAACGCCUUCGAUCACGACGAGGACGGGAUAGGUAGUCUGUUCUCGGCCCUGAAGGUGGUACGAUUGCUGCGACUCGGCAGAGUCGUACGCAAGCUAGAUCGUUAUCUGGAGUACGGUGCCGCGAUGCUCAUUCUUCUGCUCUGUUUCUACAUGUUGGUUGCUCACUGGCUGGCCUGUAUCUGGUAUUCGAUAGGAAGAUCAGACGCCGACGCCGGGGUACAAUAUUCGUGGUUGUGGAAGUUGGCCAAUGUUACCCAGUCACCUUACAGCUACUUGUGGACCAAUGCCAGCACCGCACCUGAACUUGUAGCCGGCCCAUCACGUCGCACGAUGUAUGUCACUGCUCUUUACUUCACGAUGACUUGCAUGACCUCCGUGGGUUUUGGGAACGUUGCGGCUGAGACCGACAACGAGAAGAUUUUUACCAUCUGCAUGAUGAUCAUUGCUGCCUUAUUGUACGCUACGAUCUUCGGUCACGUCACCACGAUCAUCCAGCAAAUGACGUCCGCCACCGCCAAGUAUCAUGACAUGUUGAACAAUGUAAGGGAAUUCAUGAAGCUGCACGAAGUGCCGAAAGCCCUCAGUGAGCGCGUCAUGGAUUACGUCGUCAGCACUUGGGCGAUGACCAAGGGUCUAGACACGGAUAAGGUUCUCAACUACUGCCCCAAGGACAUGAAGGCCGACAUCUGCGUGCAUCUCAAUCGGAAGGUCUUCAAUGAACAUCCCGCCUUCAGAUUAGCGUCUGACGGGUGUCUGCGCGCUUUGGCGAUGCACUUUACCAUGUCGCACAGCGCACCCGGCGAUCUGCUGUAUCACACGGGAGAGUCCAUCGACUCCCUAUGCUUCAUCGUGACCGGCAGCCUCGAGGUCAUACAGGACGACGAGGUGGUGGCGAUUCUGGGGAAGGGUGAUGUUUUCGGCGACAGUUUCUGGACGAAUCCAUCAAUCGGCCAAAGUGCGGCGAACGUUCGAGCGCUCACUUACUGCGACCUGCACACAAUCAAGCGGGAUCGGCUGUUGGAAGUGUUGGACUUUUAUCAGGCUUUUGCAAAUUCCUUCGCCAGGAAUUUGAUCCUGACUUACAACUUGAGUCACCGGCUCAUCUUUCGAAAAGUCGCCGAUGUCCGUCGAGAAAAAGAAUUGGCCGAGAGAAGGAAAAACGAGCCGCAGUUGGAUCAGGCGCAGGAUCAUCUAGUUCGCAAGAUCUUCUCGAGGUUCAAGAGCGACGGGGAAGGCCAAAUCGGUAUAACCAGGAUUAUGAGCGGACGGUCCCAGCAGGAUUCCGAUGAGGAGCUCACCGUCAACGUCCUGCCGCCCUGGCCGAGUUUUAGAUUUCGCCGAGAGAGACACACUGCCGAUGUGGAAAAGGGCGAUGGUAAGGAUGCCAAGGAUGGCGAAACGUCACAUGCUAGGAAGCCAUCCGUCGCCGAGGAAGGAGGUACAAACGUCGCGAAAACGCGGCCAGGCAAAUGGGGCCGUUUAUUAGGUAGCUCGAGUUUAGACUCCGGCAGCGAAUCGGGCACGGCUGGUGACACGUUCAAGCGGUCUCUCAGCGCAAGAGACUCGCGUCCAAGUUCCAGCGUCGCCACCAACAAAGUCUUCCCGAAGCUUGGCAAGUUGGGAGGCACGAUUGAGGAGGCCAGCGAUAACGUUGAAAAUCCGAAGGAAGCUCAGCAACAGCAGAUACAACAACAACAGCAGACCCUCGCCGUGGACUCGAAGCAGCUGCAGCUACGACGCCUGGAGAGCUACGAUGGUGGUUUGAUCACGCAUCAGCCGAGCCACGAGCGAGAGAUUCUCGCGGCAGUGCUAGAAGUGAAGGUGGACCUGAAGUUGGAGGUGCAGAGGGUGAAUCAACGGCUUGCCAAGAUCGAGGACAUGCUGCAGGCGCUGAUGAACAGGUUACCAGCCGCGGGAACACCGUCAUCCAGUGGCGCUUCUCAGCAAUCUCAGAAGAUCUCCGGGAACUUUGCCCUGGGCGGCAACGGUGGUAUCCAGAAUCAACCGCCCGUCACCCCGAGUUCGGUGACAUUGAUCCAAUCUGCGACACAGACUGCCGAAUACAAACCGUCGAUCGCCACCACGUCAACGUCGACGACGCCAAGCGAGGGCUACCGGGAGCAAUCGACGGCGACAGAGCGCGUGUCCAAGAGCGGGCAGGAGCAUCACCAUCAUCAUCACCAUCACCAUCAGUCGUCGUCAUCAUCGCGGGAUGUGAACAAGGAACUGCUGGAGCGGCUGACGCAGGCCUCCACGUCGCGCGGCGACGACUCUAACGCUCUGGGGCCGCUGAUCCUGCGCAAGCGACGCAGCAAAUCGCGCAACAAAGGCGCGGCGCCGCUCGCACCGCUCGCCACGCAGCCGAUGAGCCCAACGGAAGUCACGGAGACCACGCAGAUGCUCGAGUGCACCGAUGACCGGGACUCAACCGGGGGUGGACCGACCGACAGGAGUACCACUGACCGGACCGCCGAGAGGUCCGAACGUAAAAGACCGCCACCCAGACCGAGAGAGUAUUUGUGAAAGUUCUUCUCGCGUCGCAUUAUUUCCUUUUCUCCUCUUUUUUUCAAAACAAUUCGCCGCGACGCGGUCAAAGAUUCAUCGUCCGAUACGCUUGUUAGUUCAGCAUUUAAUCACGCAAGAACGCGAGUUUGCCGCGAUUAUCUUAUUCUAAAGCUAUAUGCUACAUUGAACAAUAACUACUGUUUCGUUACUCUUUCGUUUGUGUGUACAUGUGCGAGAUGACAUGCCAUGACGGCGAAUCAUCGUUUCGGUGCGGCUUGGAAGAUUUGGAAACUGUCGGUCAUCUUACGUGACACGUGGUCUGGAUCUCUCCAGUAGCAGGACUGAAAUAUCGUGUAAAUUGACUCUCUGCUUCUCGCCGAGUGGCGGACAAAUACAACGUGUCGAUAAUUUUGUUUAUAAAGGUAACAUCUGAUAAUAUAUACAUAUUUAAAUAGUUAAUGAGAAGAACUCCGUAUUUUCGCGCUAAUCGCUUUUCAAGACGAGCGGAGAGAAAGAGAAUGAAAAGAUUUCGUUUCGAGCGAAAUAAAGUGUAAUUCUGCAUGGCCAAAAGCGAUAAAUAAACGAUAAAUAAAUGCUGUCUUAAAUACGAAAUUAUUUGCUUACGACGGCUUCUUCGAGACACAUCGAAACUCUCCGAGGGAGUGUAUUCACUACAGGGAGUAUGUAUCACAUACACAUACACGCACAUAUACACAUACACACACAUAAAUAGAUAUAGAUUCACACGCAUUGCGUAGCGAACUUUGCAGUAGCAUCUCUUUCUCUCUCUCUCUCUCUUUCUCUUUCUCUCUCUCUUUCAUGGCGAUCAUGCUAAAUUUCUAAGCCUCUUCGGCCACGAUCGGUUCACGACAUUAAAUCAGUGUCUCUCUUGACGAGGUAUAGUGUGGCAUUUUGUAAUUAUUAAGUCAAUGAAUCCGGGUGAUAUAAUGGUGGUGUCCAACCGGAUUGUUAAAAACGCAUAGUCCAAAUUGGCCAAAUAUUCUAAUUCUUAACAGAUAUCAUCUCAGAUCUUUUAGAUUCUAAGACAUCGAAAACAUUUAUUACAGUAACAAUAAGAUAAAGACAAAUAGCAAAAUAAUAAAAUAAAGGCUUUAUUUCACGCCGAUAUAAUUCCCUUUGAAGAAAAAUCAGUCAAUUUCGACACGUGAUUUGGACACUACCGACGUUAAGUAAUUCAUCUUGGUUGUGAGAUCUUCGAUUUUUAAAUACAAAUGUACACUUGCGUUUGUUCUUUUCUGUUCUUUUCACUUUGAAUAUAUUAAACGGGACUACUCCGAAUGUGAUGCUGAAUAAUUAGAACGAAACAGCCAAAUCAAAUAUUAAUCAAAAUAAUCGUUUGUCAUACUCGAUAAACAAUCAAUGGAAUUGCAAAUAUAAUCAUCUCGUUCUAUCCAAGAUAGAACGCGAUCUGUGUGUGUAUUGGGUAUUGCAAAUACCUGAUUUAGACGGUUUCGAUUGAAACCGAAUCAAUUUCGAAUUGAUUUUGCUUGAAGUUGAAUAAUUUUUAUAAGUUACAUUAUUUAUUGCAAGAUUUUAGAAUAUUAUUUUCUAUAACAUAUUCGCGCGUAUUAUGUUGGAAUCAUAAAUUAUGAAAAAAUAUUUCUAGUGACGUUUAUAACUUCUGUUAACAUUUUAUAUAUUUCUUGUUAUUUAAUUAUUAUUUGUUUGCUGAUUUAAUAUUUUCGUAUUUAAUGUGACGAGUAAUUACGAAUGGCUACGAAAAGGAAUUUAAAAAGAAUUUAAAAAUUCGCUCGUCAAGUUGAAACGAAAACGUUAAAUAAUAUCGAGAAAAACAAUUUCUCGUGCAAAUAGUACUGUUACACAGAAAUGGCGCUACGCAAAUUCGUAUGACAUGCAUACGAAGCCAAACAGCAAUAUUAGAUGUAUAUAUCUUGUAAUAUGAUAUAUGUAUAUAUAUUUGCAUUUAAUUAUGGGUCAUACAAACGUGAUGAAACAUGCUGCUGCUGCUGUUACUGCAAACGAGAAUGGCGUCUUUGCUAAUAAUUGAAUGAGCCGACAAUCACAAUGUCUUUUUAAGCUUAUAUCAAAUCGAAGCAAACAAAUCUCCGAAUUAUUCGCAAUUUGGAGUUCUGUUACAAAAAUUAGAAAAAUGAUUAGUUUGUAUCGAUAAGUGUCACACCAAGUGUCUUACACUUCAAUUAAAUUUUUUAUUUGAUUUCUAUUUUUUGUAUGCAACGCGAUAGAGAGAAAGUCAGUAUUAUUCCAUUCUCAAAUGACCAUGCGAAGAGCAAAGGCGCGAAUUCUCAUCACAGACAACAUUUGAUCAAAUCGAAAGUAUAGAUGCAAUGCAGAGAUGCGUACAACAGAGAUAUACGCAUAUAUUAUGUAUACAUACAUAUACAAACACACAUAUACGCGCAUAUAUAUAUACAUAUAUGCGUGUAUAUAUAUAAAUAUAAUAAGAGAGAAGAAAAUAAAUAUAGAGAUACAUAUAUACAUAUAUAUAUAUAUAUAUAUAAUUUCAUGUUACGAAAGAUAAACUAUCGAACAGUUACGAAGACUUUGUUAAGUAGAUUUUAGAGACAGAAACGAUACAGCUGGCUCUAUCGUAGUUUAUAUACUUAUAUGCAGAGAGAAAAAAAAGGUUUAACAUUGUUGAAACUGUAGUGAUUAAGUUGACGUCUAUCGCGCGUUGAUCAUGUUGAAAAAGCGCUGACAAGAUUUUUUCAUGACCCAGAUCAUAUCGCGUGGAUCAUAUUACGGGCUGAAAUGCUCGAUUUUUCUGCAAUUUAAUUAUAAAUCUCGUCAAAAAUGAGAAUGCAACACACAUUGAUACGAUUCAUAGAAUACGGGAUCGUCAUCCGUGCGUUUCGAUGACUGGAGCAUAUCUCGACGUAUUUAAAACGAUCGAAAUCUACAUAAUCGAAUAUAACUCGUUUGUCGUAGAAUCAGUCAAACUUUAUAUAAUUUUGAGAUAUUUUUAAUAUCAACAGAAAUUUUAGUCGAUAAAAUAUCGAUCGAUUAUCAGAAUCGAACAACUUAAUUUUUUUCCUGUCUUAAAAAAAGAAAAAAAAAGCAUUAAGAUUCGCGAAAUAUUUAAAUAAUUAUAUCGUAAUAAUAUUGAAGUAGUUUUAAUAAAUUUUCUUUUUUCGAAGAAGCUGAAGAAAACCCAACUCUUGUCAAUUACAGCUGCCUUUUAUCUCCGUCACGGUGGAGAGAUGCGUGAAAUCUGCACGAAGCAUGGAAACGUACGCGAUGCGAGCCCAAAUGGCUUUAAUCCCGCACCUCAUUGCUUAAAAGAUUGUCGUUCAUUGAUCGAAAGGCCGGUCUAUUCGAAACUUUUCGCGACUUCUAUUUCUUCACCGCGAGAUAUACGGCAUGGUACGAUCCAACGAACUGCAAGUAAUAGAUACAUAUUUCAUACUGGAACAACGACACGAGGUUUGCGGUAACGGAAGAAGAAAGAAGACGCGUAUUUAUGAAACUUCAAUUAUAUGUGAAUGAGAGUUUGCUAAUUAAUCCGUGAUAUUAAUGCGUGGCAGAAUUUAACGAAGCAAUAUCACCUUCGAUAAGUCAGAAAUGAUAAUUCCUGUUAACCUUGAAGAUCACAUGCGAGUCUACAAUGUAAAAUCUGGCGUAAUUAAAUAAAGAUGAUGAAUAUUUAAGGAAUUAAUAUGUUAGAAUAAAACAAAUACGGUCGCUCUUAAAAUAUUGAAACUUUAUGAAGCUGCAUUAGUCAUCGACAGAGCUACUGACAUUUAAAUGAACUAGAAAUGAAAAUUGUUGUCUGCCUCCAGUGUGCUCUUCAAGACUAAUUAAAUUAAUUUUGUUAAGUCCUUAAUAGGGCAUAUGUGAUACCGCAGCUUUCCAUAAAUACUAAAUACAUAAGCAAUCUAUAUAUCUCAGAUAAAAGUAUAAAAUCCGAUGAAGGAUUGCUCGUUAAAUAUUGCGCACAGUUUUGUAGGAACAAAUGGCGAGAGGGAAGCAAGAAAAGGCGUACAUAACAAUAAGUGAAUAUAGUUGUAAAAAGAAAUAAUUCUCUCUGUUCGCGCGAUCUGCCCUGACCAAAUACAUCUUAAUUUCACUAUCGUCACUUGCGGCAAUAAUUUUCGCUCAAUUUAUAUUUUUUAAUUUAAUUUUACGCGAUAGAAAUCAUACAGAAAAUAUAGUAAAGAUGUGAAAAGUAUACAUAAGUGCGACAUUUAUAAUACUUAAAAAUGUCAAAAAAUAGUUAUGUUCUCUUUGUGAGAGAUUGAUCAUCUUGUGACUGUGCAGCUUUCAUUGGGCAGAUUGUCAUUGGAAGUAAAAUCGAGAGAAUAUAAAUGCAAUACGAUAUUACGAUUUUUUAUAUCAGCUACUUUGCAAUAAUACAAAACAAUCAUCAUUCGAGUAACAACAUUGUAACACGAGUCGUCGUCCCUGACCUUACGUGCUCGUUGAAACAAAGUUUCAAGUCAAUUUUCGCGACUCGUUACAAGUUACUACACGGCAUGCAGUUACAAGCUUGCAUUCGAAAGUUGCUGCGAAACUUUUGCUCUGUCUUUAAUUAUCAAUAACCAAAAAAAAAAAAAAAAGAAAAAAACAGAUUAAUAUAUCGUUCCUCAUAUUAUUAUUGUUAUUAUGUUUUAUAUUUUAAAUGAAGUAAAAGAAAGUUCCGUCAGAA